GCUGUAAAGUGGCUUAAACAAUAUUGGUAAACGCCACACGAAGACCGAAACACAAAUCAUAGCAAUUAUCCAGCAAUAUUGGCAAAAAUUCUUUCGUGACGUGUCUCGAUUAAGCUGGCAACAUGGGCGAUAACUUAGAGCCGCUGGAACCGAGUCUGCAGAAUCUCGUCGAACAGGACUCGCUCAAGUGGAUCUUCGUGGGCGGCAAGGGGGGCGUGGGCAAGACAACCUGCAGCUCCAGUCUGGCAGUUCAAUUAGCUAAGGUCCGCGAAUCGGUUCUCAUUAUAUCCACAGAUCCAGCGCACAACAUAUCUGAUGCCUUCGACCAAAAGUUCACUAAAGUGCCGACAAAGGUUAAUGGCUUUGACAACUUAUUUGCCAUGGAAAUCGAUCCAAAUGCCGGACUAAAUGAACUCCCAGAGGAAUAUUUUGAAGGCGAGAACGAGGCGCUCCGCGUAAGCAAAGGAGUCAUGCAGGAGAUGAUUAAUGCCCUGCCGGGAAUCGACGAAGCCAUGAGCUACGCCGAGGUGAUGAAGCUGGUCAAAGGCAUGAAUUUUUCAGUGGUUGUAUUUGAUACUGCACCCACUGGACACACGCUGCGCCUAAUCGCAUUUCCGCAGGUCGUGGAGAAGGGCCUGGGCAAACUCCUACGCCUCAAGAUGAAGGUGGCGCCCAUGCUAACACAGUUCGUUUCCAUGCUGGGCAUGGCCGACGUCAACGCCGACACGCUCUCCCAAAAGCUGGACGAUAUGCUGCGCAUAAUCACCCAGGUGAACGAGCAGUUCAAGAAUCCAGACCAGACUACAUUUGUGUGCGUCUGCAUCGCAGAGUUCUUCUCUUUGUACGAAACGGAGCGACUGGUCCAGGAGCUGACCAAGUGCGGCAUCGAUGUGCACAACAUCAUUGUGAAUCAACUUCUGUUCCUUCAGAACUCCCACGACUCCUGCAGCAUGUGCGCCUCCCGCUACAAGAUUCAGGAGAAGUAUCUGGAUCAGAUCGCCGACCUGUACGAGGACUUCCAUGUAACCAAAUUGCCGCUGCUCGAAAAAGAGGUGCGAGGCCCGGAGAGCAUUAGGUCGUUCUCCGAGAACCUGAUGACGCCCUACGAACCUAAGGCGAAGCCCAAGGAAUAGAAACACCCUUUAACCCCAUCCCCAUCCCAACUGUUUGUAAGUUUUGUCCCGUGGAGUUGCCCAAAACAGGCGCGCUCAAAAUAAAAUUGAGUUAAGGUUGCUGCGAUCCCUGUAAGGAUUGGCUCCUACGUGUAAUCUAAAACAGUUAA